CACAGGACAGCAUGCCCAUUUGUUUCCACCCACAAAUCAGGUUGUACAAUUGCAAUUUCUUAUGUGUGCAGUAUAUGAUAAACCGUAAAACGUUGUAAUGGACAAUGUUUCAGCAAUUACUAUGUUUACUCUGUCAGGAUUAAAUGGUAUGGCAAACUACAGAGGUACUCUCUUUGCUCUCACUUUACUGUGCUACUGUGUGAUUUGGUUGGUAAAUUUGACCAUUAUUGUGGUGAUCAUUAUGGACAAAAGCCUUCAUGAACCCAUGUACAUCUUCCUUUGUAAUCUGUGCAUUAAUGGACUUUAUGGGACAACAGGCUUUUACCCCAAAUUUCUCAUUGAUCUACUGUCUACCACUCAUGUCAUCUCUUAUGCUGGGUGCUUUCUGCAGGGUUUUGUGUUACAUUCUUCUGCUUGUGCUGAUUUCUCCAUUCUGGCAUUGAUGGCUUUUGACAGAUAUGUAGCUAUAUGUCGACCUCUGGCUUACCACUCUGUGAUGACUAAACAAAGGGUUUGUUUGUUUGUAUUUUUUGCUUGGCUUAUACCCUUUUAUUUGAUGUUCCUGAGCUCAAUAACAACAUUAAUAUCAAAGUUAUGUGGCUCACACAUACCGAAGAUCUACUGUGUAAAUACGUUAAUCGGUAAUCUAGCUUGCUCUGCCUCAAUAGCAAAAAUUAUCAUUCCAGCUUUUAAUUAUACAUUUUAUUUUGGGCAUGUUAUCUUUGUUGUUUGGUCUUAUAUAUAUCUGAUCAGAACAUGCCGAACAUCUAAAGAGGGCAGGAGUAAAUUUAUGCAAACAUGUCUCCCACAUUUAAUCUCCUUAAUAGUUGUUGUUGGAACUUUGCUUUUUGAUUUGUUGUACAUGCGAUUUGGCUCAAAAACAUUAUCACAAAGUGUUAAAAAUUUUAUGGCGAUGGAAUUUAUCCUUAUUCCUCCUACUAUCAACCCUCUAAUCUAUGGUUUUAAAUUGACCAAAAUAAGAAAUCGAAUUCAAAGUUUUCUGAAUUGUAAGUUACAUUCUUAGACAAAAGUCA